AUGCGGUCAAUGACAAUUACUUCGAUGCUACUUUCGGUCUUAUUCCUUUCUAUAAUUCCGGGGGCAAUAGCCAACCCUCUCUCCAAACCAACAGGGACCACAUCGAAUCCCCCAACAGCAACCCUGUCAACAAGCAACAGAGGCCCAAAGACCAUCUUUGUAGGCCGCUCUCUUCCAGAGUUCAAUCAGGAUCUCUUCCUAGGCAUCAAAUAUGCCAACAAGCCAAUCCGCUUCACACCAGCCGAGCUCAAGAGCGCCUAUGCAUCUAAGGAUAGUGAUUCUGGUACCUAUGAACUACCUACAGCAGAACUCAGCACUACUUCCAAGUCAGUAUACUACAAUGCUACGGAGUAUGGCAACGAUUGUCCUGCGUAUGGAUCCGAUACCACCGUCUUGGUGAAUAAGGGCCUAAUCACUUUGAAUGAAGACUGCCUUAACUUGAAUAUAAUCCGACCUAAUGUCGACGAGAACUACGGGUUGCUUCCAGUUAUGAUUUGGAUUUUCGGUGGUGGGUGGACACAGGGCGCCACUGCGGAUCCGAGAUAUAACAUGAGCUAUAUUGUUGAACAGAGCGCAUUGAACGGCAAACCAGUCAUGGGUGUUUCUAUCAACUAUCGUCUGGCAGCAUUCGGAUUCCUUGACUCGGAAGAAGUGAGGGCUGAAGGAAACACGAACCUAGCACUGCGUGACCAGCGUACAGCUAUGCGCUGGGUGAAGAAGAAUAUCAAAAUGCUUGGUGGUGAUCCUAACAAAAUCACUAUCUGGGGCGAAUCUGCUGGUGCAUACAGUGUCGGAGCCCAUCUGGUGACUAACAAUGGCGAUAAUGAGGGUCUUUUCAGAGCUGCAAUCAUGGAUUCUGGAAACGCUGUCGGGCCCCCAUACAACGGAACAGAAUGGCACCAGCCAAUGUACAACCGAAUCGUCGAGAGAUCCAGAUGCACCAAUUCAACGAACACCCUAAGAUGUCUCCGUGAACUUCCCUACGAAGCCUUCUAUAACAUUGCAAACGAGGGCCUAGAAUGGUUUGCUACCAUCGACGGCUCAUUCAUAGCCCAGUAUCCUCAGAUCAGCUAUAGACAAGGCAAAUUGGCUCGGGUACCCAUCUUGAUAGGGACGAAUACCGAUGAGGGCACCAGUUUCGGGACAACAGGCACAAACACCGAUGAGGACUGUAUCAAUAAAUUGACUACAUCCAAGCGCUGGGUCCUCGACCGUUCACAAGCUACCCAGCUGCUAUCUUAUUACCCCAACAUUCCCGCCUUUGGCUGCCCCUAUGGCUGGGGUAAUAUUACCUGGCCCUCGCUGGGACUCAUGUACAAGCGUUACGAAUCCAUAGCCGGGGAUCUGACCAUGGUAGGCCCACGGCGCAUGCUGGCACAACGUAUGGCCACCUUGCACGACAAGGUAUAUUCGUACAGAUGGGAUGUGGCGGCGUUGAAUGGCUCGACAAUGAUUGGGGUGCAGCAUUUUGCAGAGAUCCCGUUCAUCUUUGCAAACCCAGUGCAGACCAUCACACCGCUCGGAAUCGAUCCUGCGCGCUUGGAACUGGGACAGAUGGCAGCGCGAAUGUGGAUGUCAUUUGUGGCGGACCUGGACCCCAACGGAAAUGGUGUUUCUGGUGUUGCCAAAUGGCCCAAGUAUUCGUCCCGUGCGACGAACUUUGUGUUCCGCUUACCCUGGAAUGACAGUUAUAUCGAGGCUGACACAUACCGGGUCGAUGGGACUGAUUAUAUCAAUAGCAUCGCGCGGUGA